UAUCCCUUGUAUAUAACCCCAUCCAACCCCGUCCUCUCUCUUUCACCUUGAUGGUAUUAUUUUUUCUUAUUGUGAAAGUUUUCGAUCUUUUUGUUCUUCUGUUCUUUCUCCUUUGUGCUCUGGAGUUCUUUCGGAUGGGGGACUUUAGGGGGAGCCCUUCUGGGCUGGAGUUGACCAUUGCCGUGCCUGGACUUAGCUCUUCUUCUGGCUCUGGGGGUGGCUGCAAUAUGAGGGAGUUGGACAUAAAUCUACCUGCUAGUGGAGCCGAGGAGGAGUUCCCCAUGGGAAGCUUAGAGGAGGAGGAGGAAGAGGGGGGGACCCCCAGGCCAAAGAAGCUUCGGCUCUCAAAGGAGCAGUCUCGGUUGCUGGAAGAAAGCUUCAGGCAGAAUCACACCCUCAACCCUAAGCAGAAGGAGGCGUUGGCAAUGAAGCUGAAGCUGAGGCCGCGACAAGUGGAGGUGUGGUUUCAGAACCGAAGGGCCAGGACAAAGCUUAAGCAGACGGAGAUGGAGUGUGAGUACCUGAAGCGCUGCUUCGGCUCGCUGACGGAGGAGAACCGCCGGCUCCAGCGCGAGGUGGAGGAACUGCGGGCCUUGCGGGUGGCUCCGCCGACCAUCCUCUCCCCUCACACCCGCCAGCCCAUGCCUGCCUCUGCCCUCACCAUGUGCCCUCGCUGCGAGCGCCUUACCUCGACUCCCCGUGCUGCUGCUACCUCGGCCGCCGCCGCCGCCGCCACCGCCAGGCUGCCAUCAGCCUCUCCUUUCCUCUCCCGAGGCCACCAUUCCUCCUCCGCUGCCUGUUAGCCAUGAUCAUGAUGCUGCAUGCGAGGAGAAGAAGGUGCACCCCUUUAUCUCUAAAGGUGGGAACUGCUCUUUGUGAUAAAUUUUGUAAAUGGAAGAACUUUAGGAGUUGAAAGAGGUCUUUUCCCUCCCCAGGCUCUGCUCCCUUGAUAAACUACUAGCUGGGUUUCCAUGCAAUACUAGCCCCCCCGCUUUGUAGUUGAAGUUGGGCCUUCAUAUAAAAUUACUGUUGGGCCAUGUCGGUGAAGCUUCAGAUGAGUAUAAUUAGGUUAAUUUGUCUGUAGAUGGCUGAUUAGGGGUCCUAUUCCAAUUUAUAUGUUGGUAUAGAACGGUAAUGUGAAAAAUAUUUGACAAACAAA